AUAUGCAUUUGUAAUAACCUGACGACCCCGGUUGGAUAAAAUGGAGUCAGACCCAGCAGUGACGAGUACUGUUUGCGAAGGUCUGUUACACCCAGAGAACAAACGGAACGUUCCUACUGAUAGUCAUAAUACAGUUAGAAAGUCUAAUAUCAUUUCAGACGACGGCCUUACCACCCAAAAGGCACCGUGGAGUGCUUUAAAUGAUGCAGAGACGGCGUCUAGUGUAGGCGAGUCGUCAAGGCGGAACAGCAAAUACGAUGAUAAUAUGCCUGUUCAUUCCGCCUGUUCCGAGUUCGAAAUCCCGGAGAUGGAGUUUGAUGAAUUUGAGUUGGAACUAGCUGCUGAAAAAGAGUUUUCGUCCGAUGAACAGUUGUUUGAAUCUGGUCGUAUGACACCAGAUGGGUUAAUCGACGAAGACUUUGAACGUGAACUUGGAUGCGCAGCUAAGGAGCUCAGUGUUCAAGAUGUAAUUGAUUCUGAUUAUCCAGAUAUUUCUCGGCUGGGUGUAUUACAAGGUGCAGGAGAUGAUAAACUCGGUCGUAAAAUAAUUGUUUUCUCAGCUUGUCGUCUACCAGCAGCUGAUUUAAUUGAUCAUCAACAUCUUCUAAUGUAUAUUACUAAAACAUUGGAACAAUAUGUCAGUAUUGAUUACGUCCUAAUUUACUUCCACUUCGGACUUACUAACAAAAAUCGACCUAAAUUUAAAUGGCUUGUUCAAGCUUAUAGAACAUUUGGGCGCAAUUUUCGUAAAAAUUUGAAAACACUUUACAUUGUACAUCCUACUACUGGUAUAAAAAUUUUAUGGACUCUCUUCAGACCGUUUAUCAGUUCUAAAAUGUCAAAUAAAGUGGUUUAUGCUGAAGCAUUAUCCGAAUUAGAAGAAACCUUAUUCGUUGAUCAAUUGCCAAUACCACAACGUGUUUUAAACUAUGAUAAAUCUAUUAUAAAAAAUCUACCACCAAGAUCUAUUCCAAAAAUUCAAAAAGAUUCUACUGCUCGAGCAUCUACACCUUAUAUACCAUCGCUGCCGGAUGCUGCUUCAGUGUUCUCUGGUGUAUUUGAAGAACAGUGCAAAGAUGUUACUCCAGAUCCUCAACAACAAUUUAAUGUUAGUUUACAAUUCAUCAAAAUGAAUAACGGCGGUCGACCUAUUCCUAUUGUCUUUGAAGAUACCAUCGAUUAUCUACGCGAUCGUGGUUUAACAACUGAAGGAAUCUUCCGUCGAUCUGUCAGUCUGAAACAAUUACGAGAUGUACAGAAUUUAUAUAAUAAUGGUGAAACUGUCGAUCUACGAGAUUAUGAUGAUCCUCAUUUGGCAGCUGUUCUAUUGAAAUCAUUUUUACGUGAACUUACUGAACCAUUAUUAACAUUUGAACUGUAUGAUGAAAUAUUAGGUACAAGUGGUCUGGGUGCCAAAGAAAAAGUUGCAUUAGCUAAAAAACUAAUUCUUAUGAAGUUACCUGAUGAUAAUUACGAAAUAUUAAAUUUCCUAAUAAGAUUUUUAACAGAGGUCACUACUUAUUCUCAACAAAAUAAGAUGAAUGCAGCUAAUUUAGCUGUUGUAUUCGGGCCUAGUUUAAUUUGGUCACGGAAUCAAGCUUCAUUGACUGCCAUCGAUGUGAUUAAUGCAUUCACACAAAUACUAAUUACACAUUAUGAGUGUAUUUUCACUAAAUAACCAGAAAUUGAAUUAAUUGUCAUUUAUACAAUGUUCCAAGGACAUUUAUCAAAUAUUUCUGGAAAAGAAAAGUAGUCUUCGUGGUUUAAACCUAUUUUGUGUAUUUCUCUUUUUUAAAAUCUCCAAACCCUUGUAAAAUUGUCUUUCCUUUACUGUUGUUUAACCAAUUAUUAAUCCUAAUACUACUGUUAUUUGUUUUAAAUAGUAGUCGUGAUAUGUUUGUCAACUAUGCUUCUUAUUUAUUUAUGUGAAUAUGAAUUUGGUUUGAUUGAUCUUUGUGUGAUUGACUCCAACAUUUUUUUAUGAUACUACAUUACCGUUAAAAUUAUGUGUGUGCAGGCACAUACGUUCACAUAUAACAAACACCCCCCUACAUGCUACAAAUUCCUAUAGUUAAUCCAACAGAGAUGAGCUUGUUAAUUUCAAAUAUUUAUCUGUCAUUUAAAACAAUUUUUUGGUUUACUGUUUAAAAACCUUCGUUAUUUUGUCAGUCUUUCUUGUUUUGUUUUUCAGAUCUUUUAUCAAAACAGCUCACUUGAUUUUUACUUUAGUUAUAUUCCUCACUUUUUGUGAAGAUUUGCCAAUUUAGUUAAUUCUUAUAAAACCUUUUUUGUUUUUGGUGUUGUGACGGAGGAAAUCCAUGCCUAAAGUUUACGCAACGGCUGUGAUUGCCAUAUAGCAUGUAUGAAUAAUUGAUAAUAUUCCUAUACGCAAUUUUGUUCUUUGAGAAGGGGAGUUAAGUGGAUUCAUAUGUAUACAGAGUGAGUUGUACUAAUAUUUCUGUCACUAGUACAGAAUAGUAGGUAACGUUCUUGCCCAAAACUCUACUGAAAUAUUUCGUUGUUUGUUGUGAGUUGUGUAUGAAUGAUUUUGAGAUGCUCUUGGUAGAAGUAUAGUUAGAUAAAUUGACUGAGUAAUGUUCAUAUCAGAUUUUUAUACACAGUGUAUAAGAUACGUAAAAUUGUACUGUAGUCACACAAUAUCAAAUCACUAAUGUUGGUGUUCAUAUUACACCUUGAUCGAUAGAAACCUAUCAUCACUAAAAAGUACUGGACGGAUGUUACAUUGGUCACUACUUAGAGAUCAAUCAAUUUGGUUUUAAAAUAUAUUAUUUCAACAGGGUUUUUUUGAAAUAACCAAAAAUUUUGCCUGCGUUCUUUAAAAUUUUUAUAACACUUGCAGCGGCCUGAUAAUUCACGUCUGCAAGAAAUGCGGCAUCUUUGACACUAUCCGUCUUCAAUAACCUUUUUUAUGAGGCAUUGUCUCUUCUCAUUUGAAAUGAAAUUGUUUAUUUUAUUCACCUGUGGCAUGUAAAAUCUUAAAAAACUUUUAGGUUACUUUAAAAAACGAGUUGAAAUACUAUACAUGAUAAUUCAAAGGAAAUCAUUCUGGGAAGUACAGUUUAAUUCGAAUGUAAAAUAUCAACAAACCUGUACCUUCAACCUGAUAUUCUGUGACAUUAAACUUCUUGAGAAACCUUUCAAAUAAUAAGUGAGUUAUGUGAAGGUUCAUGUACACAUUUAAUCGGAUAAAUUGAUCAAUUGUUAUUAGAAUUUAUGUGACAUUUCUACAUGAUAUCAGUCCAUGAAGUCAUCGACAAUUGGACUACGCCAUGUUAAUAUGUGUAGACUACCUGGUUUGGGCCCGUGUGGUUGUCUUAAUCAAUUAUUAGAGACUUUGAACGAAGUGAUUUAAAAUCGUUUACGAUGGCGCAGUUGCAUUCAUUCUUUGUCUUCUCCCAAAUUUUAAAUUCCUUAUAACUUCUUUUCGUUUUAAUUUCACUGACUUAUAUUUUAUUGAGUUUUAUUUUCAAUACCUAAUCUCUAUUACCACUGAUACUAUUACCACCAUUACUAUUCUGAAAUUUGUCUUACCAAUUUCAUCUCUAUGUUAAUGGGGUAUAGCUACUUGAACCGAUACACAUGUGUGCCAGGUUUUAAACUGUUUGACUGACUGACUUUCGCAAUUCUCUUAACUGAUAAAAUAUAGUGUAUACAAUUUCAAAACAACACAUAUUCUUUCGUGAGAAGAGAAAAUUAGUUUCGAUUAGUCUAGAUGAAUUAACAAGUAUCAUAACUGUAAAUAUCCAGUAAAAGCAUCUCUAGUGUCUUCGUACUCUCUCUC